AGCCAUCCUAAUGGGUGUGAGUUGGUAUCUCAUUGUAGUUUUGAUUUGCAUUUCUCUAAUGGUUCCUGAUACUGAGUAUCUUCAUGUGCUUAUUGGCCAUUUGGAUAUGUUCUUCGCAGAAUUCUCUGUUCAAGUCAUUUGCCCAUUUUUGAAUCUAGUUGUUUGUUUGUUUUUGUUGUUGUUGAGAUUUCGGAGUUCUCUAUGUAUUCUGGAUAUCAACCCCUUAUCAGAUACAUGAUUUGUAAAUAUAUCCUCCCAUUCUGUAGGUUGUCUGUUGUCUUUUUCUCUGUUGACAGUGUCUUUUGAGGCAUACAUCUUAAACAUUUCAGUAAGUCAAAUUUUUCUGUUUUUUCUUUUGUGGUGUGUGUCUUUGAUGUCAUACACUUGUUAUACUUGAUUUUUAAAAAGUAGUUAAUAUAUCUGACUAGGAAGGCUUCAAGCCAAAUUUUUCCCAGCACUUUAUUGGGCUUUCAGUAGUCAUCAAAUAUCUGCCAACCAUUGCUAGCCACUGGGGACAUAUCUCUGAACAAAACAGAGCAAAGGGCAACAAUGAAUAAGACAGAAGAUGUCCCUUACCCCCAUGGAGUUUACAUGCUUGUGACUCUAAAUUCAUUCAAAUGUAGCAAAGCUAAUAAAGUUUUAAAUGAAGAGAAUUUCAAGUCAAAAUUUUUACACCUUUCAAUUUAAGAUUGCAAGUCUAAAAUCUAUCAUACAUUUGAAUUAGAGUCACAACCAUAUCUGUCUAAUUAGUGUCUCUAACCUGUCUGCUAUGAAAAUACCAAAUAUACACAUUUUAAAAGCCUGAUCAAAAAAUACUAAUGCUAUAAAAUCGAUUUGCUUUAUGGUUUAUUUAAGUCCAACUUUUCUAAUAUUGAAUGCUGGAUUACAAAGCUGAGCUUGCUUGAUGAACAACUUAUGCCCCAGAUACAUGAUUGUCUGAGAUCUGAAGCUGGGCCCGGGGACAUGGGGGUUGUAUAUGACCAGAGUGACUCUUUCUAUAACGCAGAUGGACAGACUGAGCCUGAUAUUAACAGUGGCCAUAAUAAUAGGGAACUCCAUGCUCUUCAGAUGGACCUGGUUUCACAAUACACUGUUUGCUAGAUUUAACCCUUCCCUUCAUAGCACUGUUCAGCAUUGUCCCAGUUUGAAUGGAUAAAUUACUUCACACCUAUACCUACUUUGCUAUGUGAUCCGAUACAGCCAACUCAGCCUAGGUACUACCUGAUUCUUCCACAUCAGGCCAGUUGGCCAUGAGCACCGGCUCAUGUCACCCUCCUGCAAGGUCUGCAUUUAGAGGUGGCUGAGUGGAGCUGUCGCUCUCCUCAGAUGUCCAUCAACUCACCCCCUUUUUUCAUAAGAACAAUGAAUAUUUUCUCAGUUUAGCCAAGUGUGAUUCAAACUUAUUUCCAGAAAAUUCUUAGCCCACCUCUCUCUUCAAACAGAUUCCCUCUUCUGUAUAGGAAUUCUAAAAAUAUCAUUGCUUCUUUGAUCCAAACCCUUCAGCAGUUCACACUGUGCUUGGAAUCGAAUAGAAAACGUUUACCGUGGCCUGCAAGUCCCAGCAUGAUCUGGUUCUGCACUCCUUCCAUGACCUCAUCACAAACCUCUCUCUUCUUGUGCUCCAAUUUCAGCCACAGUGGCCUUUUUUCCACUUCUUCCAGCAGAAGUCAAGAUUCCUUCUACCCCACGGCCUUUGCGUAGACUGCUCCCCUUUUCUGAAACACCAUCUCCUCCACUCUCUGCUUGGGUGACUCCUCAUGCUGCACGUCUCAGCUCAACUGUCAUUUCUUUGAGAGAUUAUUGUUCUUCCUAGAACUUAGCACAACUUCUGCAUGUAUUUGCCUACUGUUUCUCUUCCCUGCUAGAUUGUUUGCUGCACAGGGUCAUGUCUGGUGCUCUGUUUGCUCAGCACCCAUCCCAGGGCUCGCAUAUUCUAGACAGCCAAUCAUUGUUUGCAGAAUGAAUGACUGUCACAGUUGCCACAGCAGUCACCAUUAGCCUUAAGUCAUAGCUAUUAUAAUCAUUCAUAUAACCACUUUUGGCUCUUGGGAGGUACUGAGUAAUUGUUGAAUUGAGAUAUCUAAAUGUCACUUCUCCUACAACAAAUUAAUACAGUUUGUUGUUACCUCUAUGGUCCUUUACACCAGCGGUCCCCAAGCUUUUCCACACUGGGGACGGGUUUCGUGGAAGACAGUUGUUCCCUGGACUGGGGUGGGGGUAGGGUUGGAGGGCAGAUGGUUUCAGGAUAAUUCGAGUGCAUUCUAUUUACUGUGCACUUUAUUUCUUUUAUUAUUACGUCGUAAUGUAUAAUGCAAUAAGCAUACAACUCACCGUCAUGUAGAAUUGGUGGGAGUCCUGAGCUUGUUUUCCUGCAACUAGACCGUCCCAUAUUGGGGUGAUGGGAGACAGUGCAGAUCAUCAGGCAUUAGAUUCUCAUAACGAGCGCACGACCUAGAUUCCUCUAAGCGUGGUUCACAGCAGGGUUCGCGCUGCUCUGAGAACCUAACGCGGCCACUAAUCUGACUGGAGGCUGAGCUCAGGCGGUAAUACCAGCAAGCAAUGGGAAGCAGCUGUAAAUACAGAUGAAGCCUCACUGCCCGCCUCCUGCUAUGCUGCCUGGUUCCUAACAGGCCAUGGACUAGAAGCUGCAUGGGGUCCAUAAAUAUCUGUGGGGUAUGUGGCCUGGGAAUUGGGGAUACCUGCUUUAUACAGUUAGCUUUCUAUAACUUCUAAAGCUGUAAUCGUUCUGUUCUUAGCAGUUCUCUUGCAGGAAAGAAGACAUUGAACUAAAUGUGCCUUUUGGGGGACUAUCUUUCCUAAUGAAAAAAACAACCACAGAACAUUAAUGAAUUGGUUGACAGUUAGUAAUACAUUUUGAUUACGUAAAUAUCAAUUCCAUAGCCUACUUAGUGAUUAUUUAUUUAUUUACCCUGGGUAUCCCAAGAGGUAGUACAGUGGCCCCAGGUUAUAGAGGGUGGUCUUGAGAAUUGAAGGAAGCUCUAAUUCUAGAUUUUAUAAUGCCUGUGACAACGCCAUCCUGCUCUGCCUGCUUCUCCAUGAUCCCUGCUACCCCGCUCCAAGAAUUCAAGCCGUGGAAUAGCACCAGAUUGUGUUAGAACUUCCUGAAUCCUAACCAGUUAGAACCCACUGGCUCGUUUUUGCGAUAUCAGCCUGUUAAAAGCAUAUCCUCAUAAAGAUGUGAUAGCCCUGUCUCUGCAUCUAGGCACCUGUGAAUAUGAAACAACAGUAUAAAUACGAUUUUGAAGGUUGCAUUGUCACAGAUGAAAAAUUGCACAAACAUGUCAAAAUGCAGUGCCGAAGAAGGAAAUCAGACUUAUUUUCGUCGCUAUUUACUGUACCAAAGCAUUUUUGGAAACCCAAAUCGGGGAGAUAACCGUUUUUGAAUGAACGGCAGUGGCAGAGCGCGGUCGGGGUUAGCAGCAACGUGGCUGGGCGCCUUUAACUCGCCGUCACCUCCGGGGCCCGGGCCGCGUCCCGGGCCCAGCGCCCCGGCCUGUGCGGCGCAUUGGCCCCUCCUCCCCUCGCGCGCCGCGCGCAUUGUUGUCCUUUAGCGAUUGGUGGUUGGACCAGAAACAGCUGUGCAGAGUCGUGCCGUGUAAAGGGCUGUGGACCUGAAUGCAGUGUAGCCGGCUGGCGGUGACUUACACCCGGGCUCCAGAGGGAGAGAGAAAGAGCUGCAGGCCGCUGGCAUUGCGUCUUCCAGGCUGCGUGGACCCGGCGCCCCGGCGUUGGCGUUUGGGGAGCUCGCCGUGGCGCCCCCUCCCGCUGGCUCUAGCUUCCUCUGGGCUUGGCGCAGGUGGGCCAGGCUGGGCACCGCGGAUCUCCCUGUUCCCACGAAGGCUGGCUCGCCGUCUCUCUGCGAGGGGGAGGGACCAUCCUAAAAAUAUGUAAAUAUCCAAGCGCCGGCUCCAGGCUGGGGCAGCAGCCAAGGUCCCUGCGCCGCCGCCGGUGCUUUACAUGAAAAUGAGAAGCCUGUUGGGAACCGCGCUCUAACUUAAGGCAGCCUGGUGAUUAGCAUGAGACUGGGCGGCUGUCCUGCUUCCUGCCCUUCAAUAGCCGUUCCGCGCGCUCGCGCCCGAGCCGCGCUGCCACCGCGCGGGGGUCGAUCGCAGGCUCGGCGUCCUUGGCAGCCAUGGCUCCGUCGCCGCCUCGGCCAGUAAGUAGGAGCACGCUUGUGUAGGGGGCACAUGCGUGUCGGCGCACCCACCCAGCCACCCACCCGCGCGCACGCACAGCGCCCGGAGCCUCGGCAGGAGGAAGAUUGACGAGGCGCUGCAGUCGCGGGGACGGCGCGGGCUCUUCCUGGAUUCCGCAGGAGCCCGCCCGCCGCAGCUGCUGUCUGCAGAGCCUGCACGGAGCCGGUGCACACGCGCCCCCGGCUCGAGCCUCUGUGAUGAAGACUGCCUCCCGGGGGCUGCGGGGGAGGCAGAGCCAGCCAGCGCCGGGGACUGCGGGCCGCGCGGCCGGUAGGCCCGCGGGGACACGACUCGGACACUGUCAUCCCCACGCCGCGCGCUGAGCCGCCCGCCCCUCCGGCCUCCCGCACGCCCGGUCCGGGGUCAGCCCCGGAGGCCUCGGCUGCCUCAUUUGUUUGGGUCUUUUGUGCCGUGGCUCCCAGUUGGCUAAGCACUCCUGCGCUGAAUCGGGCCAUUGUCUGCGCUCCCAUUGCCUUCACGCUGCCAGUCUCGGCGCCCCCACCCCGCCCGCCCCCUCCCCGCCUCCUCCCGGCCGGGGAGCCUCCUAACGUGCCUUUCCCCCCAGGAAUCUGGAAGCUAUAAGCCGGGCGCAUUGCAAAUGAAGUGUAAUGCAUUGUGGGACGUGUGUAAAAUCGGAGCCUUCGCCGUGGGGGUGUGGGGGGGCGUGGGGAGGGCCGGACCCGCCGCUGGCGGUGUAGACGCCGACGAGGAGGGGCUGCGAAAAUGUGCGCAGAGUCCGCCCGGGUCGUGCCCGCCGUAGACUGAUGAAGGAGCGCGCUGCGCCCCGGCGCUGAGGCCCCGAGGAUCGGGGCGGCAGGUCACCCUCCCCACCAUGAAGAAGACCCGGAGCACAACCUUGCGGCGAGCCUGGCCUAGCUCGGAUUUCUCGGACCGGGCCUCGGACCGCAUGAGGUCCCGCAGCGAGAAGGACUACCGCCUGCACAAGCGCUUCCCCGCGGCCUUCGCGCCCCAGGCUUCGCGGGGCUACAUGACAUCAGGUGAUGUAUCACCAAUCAGUAUGUCUCCCAUCAGCCAGUCUCAGUUCAUUCCACUUGGGGAGAUCCUCUGCUUGGCCAUCUCAGCAAUGAACUCAGCAAGAAAACCUGUCACCCAAGAAGCACUGAUGGAGCACCUGACCACGUGUUUCCCAGGUGUUCCAACCCCAAGCCAAGAAAUUCUGCGGCACACGCUGAACACGCUGGUUCGGGAGAGGAAAAUCUACCCAACUCCAGAUGGCUACUUUAUCGUGACCCCACAGACUUACUUCAUAACUCCUUCCCUCAUAAGAACUAACAGUAAAUGGUACCAUCUGGAUGAGAGGAUACCUGACCGGUCCCAGUGCACCUCUCCGCAGCCCGGAACCAUCACGCCCUCUGCCUCAGGCUGCGUCAGGGAAAGAACAUUGCCCCGAAACCACUGCGACUCUUGCCACUGCUGCAGAGAAGACAUGCACAGCAUGCAUGCGUCCACCCUGCAGAGGAAGCCUGCCAAGGACUGCAAAGACCCUUACUGCCCCCCUUCUCUGUGCCAGGUGCCACCCACUGAAAAGAGCAAAAGUACUGUAAAUUUUUCCUACAAGACGGAAACUCUCUCAAAACCUAAAGAUAGUGAAAAGCAGUCAAAAAAAUUCGGGCUGAAGUUAUUCCGGCUAAGUUUUAAAAAAGACAAGACCAAACAGCUGGCCAAUUUUUCUGCCCAGUUUCCUCCGGAAGAGUGGCCCCUGCGAGACGAGGACACGCCAGCCACGAUCCCUCGGGAGGUAGAAAUGGAGAUCAUCAGGCGCAUCAACCCAGACCUGACCGUGGAAAACGUCAUGCGGCACACUGCGCUCAUGAAGAAGCUUGAAGAAGAAAAGGCCCAGAGGAGUAAAGCUGGGUCCUCUGCCCAUCACAGCGGAAGGAGUAAAAAGAGUAGGACUCAUCGAAAGUCCCACGGAAAGUCUCGGUCUCACAGCAAGACACGAGUGUCCAAAGGAGACCCCUCCGACGGCUCGCAUCUGGAUAUCCCCGGUGAAAGAGAGUAUGACUUUUGUGAUCCUCUGACCAGGGUGCCCAGGGAGGGCUGUUUCAUCAUGGAGCACGCAGGAGAUAACUUCAUCAUGCACAGCAACACAAACGUGAUUGAGUCCCACUUCCCCAUGACACCAGAAUGGGAUGUGUCUGGUGAACUGGCCAAAAGGAGAACUGAGAUGCCUUUUCCUGAACCUUCUAGGGGAAGCUCCCACUCAAAAGUGCACCGAAGCCACAGCCAUACCCAGGACCGGAGGUCCAGGAAUGAGAGAUCCAACAAAGCCAAGGAGAGAUCCAGAUCGAUGGACAACUCCAAAGGCCCUCUGGGUGCUUCUUCUCUAGGGACGCCUGAAGACCUUGCUGAAGGCUGUAGCCAAGAUGACCAGACCCCCAGCCAAUCCUACAUCGACGACAGUACUUUAAGGCCUGCACAGACUGUUGGUCACCAAAGGGCUCACAUUUCGUCCACAAGCUAUAAAGAGGUGUGUAUUCCAGAAAUAGUUGGUGGCAGCAAGGAACCGUCCAGCGCGUGUAGCCUUUUGGAGCCAGGCAAAGCACCUGAGAGUUUGCCAUCCUAUGGCGAACUCAACUCUUGUCCAGCAAAAACCUCCACAGAUGACUAUUUCCAGUGCAACACCUCCAGUGAGACGGUGCUCACGGCACCAUCACCUCUGGGAAAGAAUAAGGAGGACCAUGACACUCUGACUUUGGCAGAAGGGGUGAAAAAGCUCUCCCCAUCUGAUAGGCAGGUCCCCCACUCCUCCAGGGAGCCUGUAGGGCACAAGGAGGAGUCACCCAAAGGGCCGGGUGGUGGCCCAGCUGCCUCAGGAGGAGCGGCUGAGGGGAUCGCCAAUGGACGCCUUGUCCAGCACCAUGGUGCCGAGCCCAGCAGCUUGGACAAGAGGAAAGAGAUAUUUAGCAAAGACACACUGUUUAAACCUCUUCACAGCACCUUGUCUGUAAACAGCUAUCACAAAUCGAGCCUGUCCCUCCUCAAAUCUCACCCGAAGACACCUGCUGACACACUGCCAGGCCGAUGCGAGAAACUGGAACCGUCCCUGGGGACCUCAGUGGCACAAGCCAUGCCAGCUUCCCAACGUCAGCAGGAGUCAGGAGGGAACCAGGAAGCCUCUUUCGACUAUUACAACGUCUCUGAUGAUGAUGACUCUGAGGAAGGGGCAAACAAGAACACGGAGGAGGAGAAAAAUAGAGAGGACGUGGGCACCAUGCAGUGGCUCCUGGAGAGGGAGAAGGAAAGAGACUUGCAGAGGAAAUUUGAAAAGAACCUCACCCUUCUUGCCCCAAAAGAGACCGACAGCAGCAGCAGCCAGAGAGCCACCCAUUCAGCCCGGCUCGACAGCAUGGACAGCAGCAGCAUCACAGUGGACAGUGGAUUCAACUCCCCACGUACUCGGGAGAGCCUGGCUUCCAACACGUCAAGCAUUGUUGAAAGUAACCGUCGUCAGAACCCCGCGUUGAGCCCGGCCCACGGUGGAGCUGGUCCAGCCUUCAACUUCCGAGCAAGCACGGACCCCCCGACAAAUGAAGCUGAGAAACUACAGAAACCUUCUAACUGCUUGCAAGCUUCUGUUACUAGUGUGUGAUAGUCCUUCUGCCUCAGAUCUUCUGUCUCGUUCGAUACAGCAAAGUUUACGACACUGGGACUGAUGUUUACAUCUUUGGAAAGACAAGCAUCUCAACCACACAGUUUUUGUGUUGACUUAAACUGUGCUGCUAAGUAGGGCUAGGGCAAAGAAAAAACAAAAAAUCUUUAUUUCAGAGUAUUGCUUUUCACAUUUAUGGCUCUGUAGCAACUGAGUAACAGUAGGGGUGAUAUGUAUACUUUUGCUUCACUAAUUGUAUCUGAGCACACAUAGGAAAGUCUAGACACUGUAAGUGUAAUAUGCAUUUUCAAUGUCAUGCAUUUGCCAAUUCCAUUUUAAAAUGCCACAGAUGCGUGUUGCUCCCAGUCUGUGGUUAAACGGUGCCACAGAACUGAUCCUUGACACUUCCAAAAAAAAAAAAAUGAAGCCACCAUGAAAUGUCAAAUGCAAGGGUCCACCUUGAGGGAAAUAGAUGCCAAACUGACUAGGAGGGACCCCAGCCCUUUGUGUGUGAAUCGUUUAUGCACCAGUCAUUUUUCACUGUGAGUUUUUGUGACACUAUUUUGCAGGAGCCCAUGGAAGUGUGUGAGAAGGGGUCGCCAUGGAAAUCGCUGGGAGUGUCUCUUUUCAGGAUUUUGUUUUCAAGUGUAACAGAUGCUUGUCUGAUUUUUAACCUUCCAUGAUCACAAACAGGAAUAUAGGCCUUUGAAUCUGAAGUGGACAAAGGAAAGGAAUUUCCAGUCUGGCGGGGGCACAGCACUAGGUGUUGGGAGAGGUGGCGUGGACUUGUAAAAGGUAUUACUCAAAUAUUGAAGGAAGAGAAUUUCCUCCUUGUGAUACUUAGGAUGACCCUACCUUACUCUAAUAGGUACAAUAAUUAGUUUGUUUAAAAGCAAAAUGUUCUUUGUGAUACAAAUGAAGAGUAUGGCCUGAGGAUGUUAUUCUUUCUAAUGGAAGGACAUAAAUCUAUUUUAUGUAGUUUUAAAUAGAAUGCCUAAAUUAGGCUGUGGGAGAUAAUUUUUAGUGGUUAUAGGAAAGAGCAAAUUUAGGGAGAGUUGAACUUCAGGCCUUUUAUUCCUGGGAAGAUAUCUAUAGAGAAAACUUUUAAAAUAAUUUUUGAUUAGAAAUCUACAUGUGCCCAUGUAAUGAACAACAGAAUGUGCUCAUUCUGCUAGUGUGGUAUAAUCCUAAUUUGUACUCCCCUAAAAUUUAUCAGAAAAACAAUUAUGCAUACAUGAACUAUGCCAGAGUAAUGUUUACAGAUACUUUGUAACCAAUUUCAGGAGGCAAUUUUAGGUGGAUGUGUAGUUAAUUAGCCCAACUUAUUUCAAAAUGAUUCGUUAACGUUUUGCUUUGGUUUACGAUGUCAUGUUACACACAAAGAAGACCCAGCAGCAAAGGGAUUGCCAAUAAUUUGAUCUUAUAGCAAAGAGACAUUCCAACGUUCCCAUGUUUUAUUUUCUGAGAACAGUGGAACAGAUCUGCAGUAAUGGAAUAUUAUUUACAAAAGGGUUACAUAUGACACAAGAAAGUGUCUGACAUAAAGUUUUAUUUUGUUUAGUGGCAUGUGCUGUUGGGAGCUAUACACCAUAAAAUACAUGUAUAUAUAUACCCAAAUCCAGAAUAUUUUCACCUCCGAUUUCAGUAAUUGGCAUAUGAUUUGUGAGACACAUCAUUUUUGUAUUAGGUUUAAUCACUAGCAAUCUGUUUAAAUAAUCCAGUCCUAUACACAGUUAGACUCAUUCUUGAAACCUCUGAAUACUCCCUCAUAGUUUUUCAGUUAUUUGGAAGUUGCAUUGGGUCAAACUGGACUCCCUGAGUUUGGUAUAAAUUCCUUUUUUGUGCUUAUGGCAGUGAAACUUCAGCAUGUUUCGUAGUAAACUCCCAUACCAUUGACAUGCUUAAGCCUCUUGGCUUUCAGUCUCACGCCGUAUUUCCUCCAAGGCAUGCCUUGACGCAUUGUUUGUCUCCUGGCUUAACUAUGUCCAGAAGGAAUGAUCGUGUGUCUAAUAGACUACAUAGCCUGUUCCCUUGGGGAGUUAUAUAUCAUACAGUUACUAAAUCUUUGUCUAAAUUCAUUUUUUCCAAAAACUUGCUCUCAAAUUUUUCUUCUACUAUUAGUUCGUAAAUAAUAGAACCAUUGAAACAAUACAUCAGCCUCUAGUUGAUCCUCUGAAAGUAGCCAUUGAAAUAAUCGAAUGCUGUGUGAACAGGAAAGGAAACAUUACCUUUAAGAGAAGCUUUAAAAUAGGAAUUUAUUGAUAUUUCACGAGAUAUAGGUUUACAGAAGACAUUAUUCAAAUAAAUAUGUACACUGUUUGCCUGAUGCUAUGGGGUACAUGGCUUUUUAAAAACUCCCUUAGACCAGCAGCCAUUUGUGUAGUAGAAAUGAUGGACUUGAAAGAUGAUACCAUGUAAGCAGAUGUUGCAUAUAAAAGUAUUCUUGUCUGAAUCUGAUCGAGACUCUUGAAUGGGGGAAGAGUGGCAGCCGGCGUCACAUUACACAUGUCAUCCGAGGUCCCAGUGAGGCUCUCAGUCCGGACGGUGGGGUCCUCACCCGGCGUUGCCCGUACGCUUUUCCUCCGAUGAAACCAUAGCUUUGUGUUACACGACUGCUUGUCCAGUCUUAGGGUUUAGCAACUGAAAGGUUUACAAAACAAUCUGGUUGAAUCUCUGUGAAAGGGUCAACACAUCUGUCGGCAUUUUGCACACUUAUGUAUUAUUAUGAUACGACAUAUUACUUUAUGGUAAUUUUUAUUUUUACAUAUAACUACCUCCAUAAAUUUGAUGAAAUGGCAGCCGUGUGUUAAAGUGUAUCAUUCCGAAGAGCAAAGUUGAACACUUCCUUCAACAUUAGGCCAUGGCAUUCUGUGUGUGUCGGUGAUUGCCUCUGUGGACUCAUGACUUCUCCAUCGCCAUGGCUUUCUCUUACGCCAUUAUUUGGCUUUCAGAUGUAAUCCUGUCUUCUCCUCUCUUCCCCGCGAAAGCGCACUCGAUUUUGUUAGGAAUGAACCGAAGUUUAAAAAUUCUUGUGCCCACCCCCACCCCCCACCCAUUCCUGUUAAAAGUUCUCUGGCGAAGAGCCAAUGGGUGAACGUAAUUGAGCGAGCUAUUUACUUCUUUGGAAAUCUGGUUUGAAGUCUCAGUUUUCGGUAACAGAAGACACACAAGCAAUGUGGACUGCCAACCUUGAAGCACUGUGGGCUCUGCCUUCACCCGCAUGCUACCAUGUGGAGCCCAAACUCCACUGUAAUUAAAAGAGCUGUGCUGUGAAUGCCACAACUUCUGUUAAAUGAUUUGUAUUCCAUUAUAUACAUUUUGCACAUCUCAGGGGGCCAUAAUGAGCAUAUGAAAGCGGGGAUGCCAUCAAAUAGAGAAAACAAAUAGAAGAGGUGAAUGGAAACUAGCUAGAUAAAAAUAACAAAUGACUGCUUCUCUGACGUCGUGAAGGUCAAGUUCAGGAAGCGGCAAUUCAAAGUUAAUCUAGAGCAACAAUGAUCUGAACAGCAGCUGUUCCCAGGUCCCUCUUUUUCAUAACCUAACCAGCAUUUCUAAAAUGUAAAUUUAAAUUAUAUUGCAGUCACCAUGGGGAGAAGAAACCUGUUCAGUGGAAGCAGAAGCAUUGUUCCUUUUUUAGGUUGGCGCAGCUUUGCAAAAUUCUACCCAGGACAAAGCACUUAUCACCACCAAGUGUACUUGAAAGUAAAGUUUUUAACUUAAAUUACAAACAUAUUGCUCACAAUACGAUAGUGAUCGUUUUUUGAAAGUCUCACCGUUUAUAACAUGGGCAGUAUUUGGAGCUUGAUUUAAAAACCAACAACAAUCGAUAAUGACUUUGCACGAUUCACUUUGGGAUCUCAGAAUGCUUCCAAAGCAUUCAGAUUCGCAAACGAUUAACAAGACAGGUCAUCUUCAUAAUACGCGUACUUGAACAAACAAAAGGAGUGACUUAAGACUACCCAGAAACACAGUGGCAGCUAUUGAUGAUCUAUUUUCUAUCUGUUUGAUAGACCAUCAUGAGAAAUCACUAAAUACAAUGCUAUUUUUCUGAUGUGUGCUAAUAAAGUCAAAGAAAACAAAUACAACUUGACACUUUUGUCCAUUUUCAUUAAAAAAAAAAAAAGUUCAGGGUGUUUGGAAUUUUACACCUCAGCACACCUUACUGGUAUCGAUGGAUGAAGCGGGAGAUUGACAGGUCCACCCAAUGCCAUCACAGUCAGGAGCAGAUCUGGACAUCCAGCCUUGUUUACAGUUUCGUAUUGGGCUUCUAUAGUUCCCGUGCUAAAAUACCAUCUUUCAGGAACAUGACUGCUCCUGGCAGCGGAAGGUGCUGACACAGAAAUUUUAAUUAAAAACUUUAUCAAGUACUCAUCACAGUGCUCCUUAGCACCCUAGAAAUUCAGUACAAUAUAUCGAGUCCUGCUUUGGAGGAGCUGGAUUUCUGAGGGAGCUGAUCCAGUUCUAAGUAUUUUCUUGAAUUAGGAGGUAGAUGAUAUUUGACGGGGAUCUGCUCCAUCACCACAGGCCAGUCGCAGAACCAACUAGCCGUGUGCUAUCAACCUCGGUGGGCCCAAGCAGGAGCGACCUCUCCUUUCCCCCUCGCCCCCAGGACCAUCCUGCCCAUUGUCAAUGUCAUCCAGGGCUCUUCUGGUAGUGAGUGACUUUUCUGCACAUGUUUAGGGCUUGGGGGAGCUAGAACACAGGAAACAUGAAUGCAAAAGCCAUCGAAAACAUUGUUUUGCUUUGGGUUAGUAAAAUGUGGGCAGGAAAGAGAUUAUGUCCGUCUGAGCUUUGCCAAGUAAGAUAAAAGAAUCAGCCAUCACCCCCUUCCUCUCCCAGAAGGUCUGUGGUAUUAAGAAUACAUCCAAUAGUUUCCCACAGAUUUUUAUUCGGGAAAUGUUUCAUAAAUUACGUCUAUGAAAACAUUCAUUAUUAAAUUUCCUUGUGUGUUUCAGACAGACAUUGGCACCUUCCUAUUGAGUUAAUACUCUGCAUCUUUUGCAGCAGCGGCCCACAAAGAGAUUCCCAGUGGUGGCUCCCCCAACACACAAUCCUGUGUUUUUACCGUUGUUCUAUGACUUACGGUUGAUGAUUCGCAAGAUUCAGAAUUCUACCAGAUUCAAGGGGGACCUAAACUUGCUUUUUAUGAUUGUACAUGAUCAGUUAUAGGGCUUUAAUUGUUAAUUGUUGGCUUCAAAUGUGAACAGACACACACACACACACACACACACACACACACACACACCAUGCCAAGGAGGGAAUGGGGUAUUUCAAGUCGGGCAACGAUGAUUCUGGAAGGUUGGAAAUGUAAGGUUAGAAGCUUGGCUGGUCCAUGUACAGUUGCCUGCCUCCUUGUUCCAAGGCUGAACUUAGUAAAACGGUUCCCUUGCUCCCACCAAGAAGAGGUACCAAAUGUGAGACCUGAGAUCUCUAAUAUCUGUCCUCUGUGGUUCCGGGAAAUUAAUCAUGAAGUACACAUGCAGCAGCUCCUCCGCUUCCUUUCCUCCGAGGUACUCCUUUCCGUUCUCCCACCUAGAUACUGACAUACCGCCACGGUUUCCACAUUGGAAGGGCAGAACACUGUGCAGUAUCUUGCACACUUGCUGGGUUAGGAAUAGAGCUGCCCUAGGGUCACCUUCAUGGAAGUAUCAACAGCUACAAAUUAAAGUCCUUAGAGCAGUUGACACAGAUACCAUGUCCUAGAAGAGAAUUAAAUUUAAACGUCAAGUUUAAAGGAAUCAUAAUUCUGCAGGUAUCUUUCUCUGAGUGGCUGAAUGUGACUAUUGCAUUAGGGUAAAUGAAUUAAGAAAGUGCAAGUGGGUUUUACUGUAUGUUAGAAAGGAGUUUUGCAGCCAAGACUGCCUUGAAUAAAAUGCGUUUGCACUGAAAAAAAAAUUUUAAAUUACUUGGUCUCUGGUUGCUGUAAAGGUCAUCCAAGAUGGAUGUUCUGUUUAUAUUGUAUAGUAUUUCAUAUGAAAUAAUUACAGUUCAUGAAAUGUCUUCCCUAAUGUUACUGAUUUAUAACAGCACAUUUGUAACAUGGUUUUUAUCGUGUCAGUGUACCAUACUGUAAAUGAUGAUUACUUGUCAUGCUUAGUAUAAUAACUUAAAAGAAAAAAAGGACAGGGAUUUUUGUAAGUCUAUAUUUGAAAGUCCCUCCAUAUGGUGAUAUUGUGUUCAUGUUGUUUAUGUAGUGUUGUGUGAAAUAUCCAUUUUGGAUUGUGUUACUUUUUAAGAUAUUAAAUAACAUUUGGUUAUA